AGUUUUUAUAACCCGGAAGCGGGAUUCUUCCCUGGCUAUAGUGUUGAUGUCAAGCUGCUGCUGUUUUUGCGGUUAAGAGAACCGUCGCGGAAGAAUGGUGUGCGAAAAAUGUGAAAAGAAACUUGGUACUGUUAUCACUCCAGAUACAUGGAAAGACGGUGCAAGGAAUACCACAGAAAGUGGCGGAAGAAAGCUGAAUGAAAAUAAAGCUUUGACCUCAAAAAAAGCAAGAUUCGAUCCAUAUGGAAAGAAUAAGUUCUCCAUUUGCAGAAUUUGUAAAAGUUCUGUGCACCAACCGGGUUCUCAUUACUGCCAGGGUUGUGCCUACAAAAAGGGUAUCUGUGCAAUGUGUGGAAAAAAGGUUUUGGAUACCAAAAACUACAAGCAAACGUCUGUCUAGAUGUAUUGAUGAAGUUUCUGGCUUUUUAGAUGUUUUUGCUUUUUGCUUUAAAUUUUCAAGGUAUAUCAUAGAUGUUCAAGUUACAAAAUAACAUGGUUUAAGGCAAAUUAAGUUUAAACCAGGGAAGUUGAUUGGUAUUCAUUCUUUUGCUCUCAAGAAGUUAUAAAUAGCAAUGUAACUAGGCUCCUAUAUUUUCUUUAUAAGCAUCUUACUGAACUGGAAUUAAGUGGCAAAUUUAACAGCAGCAAAAAAUAUUUUCCCAGUUUCUAUGCACUUUUUAUUUAAUAUUCAUAUAUUUCUUCUCCCUCUAUUUAUACGUAUUGCGAAAGUGAGAAGAAAAUUAUUGGUAUUUGCUUAGAACAUGGCAUCCAGACUUAGAAUUCUUCUCUCAUUCCCUUGUUGGUUGCAUAGUUCUUAUAUCCAAUCCCUUAAUUAAUUGCAGUUUCACAGGGUAUUUAAGUAUCUGAGACCAUUACUGCUGAAUAGUUCCUUAAUAAUUAGCCAAGAUCCAAAUCAAACACAAGUUGUAUUUAUGGUUUUUAAAAAUUUGUUCUUGAAGCCAAAGUGCUAAUAUCUUUUAUAUGAGAAUAAGAACACAAGGGACACCCCAUAUAUGUCCAAAUGAAUACAGUGGAUUUCAGGAAAACAUGUUAUACAUAUUACCUUGAAUUCACACUAUGGUGAAAGACUGGAGAACAGUGUUUAUCCAUGAUGAUGUGUAAUGGAAAUGAAUGACCACUCUUUGGGAAAGCUUUUUGAAGAAGAAACCAAAUUUCUUUCAUUCCUCCCUGUACCCCCCUCCCCCGCAAAAAAAUAAAUAAAUAAAUAGAACAAAGCAACCAUUUUUUUAUUUCAUAUAUAUAUAUAUACUUUUUUUUGAGGUUUCAAAGAAAGAUUUUUUUCUUAUGCUGCCUUCAUUGGAAACCUGCAGUAUGCCCUAUCACCAAGUAGAGUAUGUAUAAAAUACCACUAUAAAAUGUAUGGAAUAGGCAACAUGAUAUACAUAGUAUAGAUAUUACAUUUUUAUUUUAAAGUUGUUAUGGAAAGUAAAGUUUUAACUUUAAUUUUAAGAUUUUUUAAAUAGUGUUUCUAGAAUAUGUUGUUCAUGUCCUGAAAGAUCACAAGGCUAAUGUAAAAUACAAUAAAUAAUAAUAGUUGUGAAGGCUGGAA